AAGGCGCCCACCUCCGCUGUCCGGCACCACAGUCCCCCAGUCACCCGACGCACCAAGCACAGCAAUGCAGGCCACGCUGGUUUUCGUCGCGGCGUCGCUUGUGGCGGUGGCCACAGGCGAAGCGCCCUCCACCAGCUACGGCGCGCCCUUCCGCCAGGCACAGCGUCUCCAGACUCAGCCGCAGCAGCAGCAGCAGCAGCCACAGGCAUUCGCCCAGUCGCAGGCUCAGCCAUCAUUCGCUGCUCCUCAGUCUUUCUCCGGAUUCUCUGCGGCCAGCUUCCGCCCACAGUUCUUCAUUCCCUCACAGGACGCCUCUCGACUGUCGGGCCUCUACCGCCUGCCCAGCUUCGCAAACUCUGCCCCCACCACCACAGAAGCUGCCACCACCACUACAGAGGCUCCUACGACUACCGUGGCCGGCCCUUACAACUAUGACUUCCCCAGCGGCCGCACUGCGGCGCUACGUGAGGCGGAGGAGAGCGGCGUGUACUACGUGCUGCAGCCAGACGGCCGCCUGCAGCGCAUCGCCUACGCCCACGGGCCCGUCCCCAUCUCCGCCGCCCCCGAGCAGCAGCGUGCCUAUCCUGGAGAGCUGUCUGCCCUGCAGCAGCCAGCAGUAGCACCCGGCUAUCUGGCGCGCUUCCAGUACCAGGACUUGCAUCCUGCCGGUGCUCCCAUCUACUCUUACAAGCAACCUGAGCUUGUGCGCAUCAACUAGGAUAUCAGACAUGCUCGUUUCAGUUCCACGAUUAGCUACCCCAAUGUUCAGUACAAUCGCGUAGCUUAUUUAACGCUAGCUGAGUGUGUUAUCAAGUUGCAGUAUACGAAUAUUGUGUGUAUCCCGUCAUUCUGGGAAAUAAGACAUACUGCCUCCUCUCAGACUCAGCUCUCCGGAGGGCUUCAUUAAAUCUGUUUAAAGGAUAGCACACCGUAUUAUCAUCAUCUUCUCAAUGAAAAUUUCUGAUGUACAUUAUACAGCAGAAAGAUGUUGUUACAACGAUGAAGUUCUUAAAAGAAAAUCAGCAGGCUUAAGACAACAACUAAAAUCUUUCAUUGUCUCUCUGACUACCAGUUUGUAUUAUGUUUAUUUGUUACACAAAAAGAAAGAUUUCAGAAAAUCGUUGUAGUAAUCAUUUAUUCAGUACGCUGGGUGACUGAGCAUCGCUAAAUGUAAUUUGGCAAACUGCAUUUAUUAUUGUAGGAAAAAAUCAUUGUUGCCUUCGAAUUGGUCAAUAUCCCGACAAAAAUUGUUUUAUCCAGAUAUAUUGUACAAGGUCUUAUUUACUUGUUGACUACUGAUGUAAAAUUGUUUAACUGCAAUAAAAGUUUUGUACAAUUA